UUGAUGAACCAGAAGGACUAAAAAACAUGUUCACCUUGAUCACCAAGCGCUUGGAGAUAAAAGGCUUUGUAGAAACAGACUUCAAGCAUGUUUAUCCAGAAUAUUUACAAUUGGCAACCAACCAUCUGAAGACAAGAAAAUUGGUCUAUGUUGAAGAUGUAGCUGAGGGCCUAGAAAAUGGUCCAUCUGCUCUGGUUGGAAUUUUCCAUGGCUGCAAUGUUGGCAAGCAGAUAAUUCAUGUUGCUGAUAGAGACUAGCAAUGAAGUUUCAAGUUCAAAUCCGACCAUCAAGAUAUUUAAGCAUUUCCUGUUCAUUUUGGUAUGUGUUUGAAAGUUAUAAUAGAAGUGGGAUGCAAUGAUGGAUCAUACAAUAUUGAGUAUUACUUAAUUAAAAUGAAAUUGAAUAUUCCAA